AGCAUUUUACCUCACAUUGCCUUUCUUUUCUUUUCUUCUACCUACUUCUUCUGCAGUAUUUGUUCUGAUCUUCUAAUUGGUCGUUUAUUUGCACCCCGGAGAAGAGAUGAAAAAAGCGGUGGUCCUGUUUUUUCUUUUAGUUGUCACGUCCAUUGAACUACUUCAAGUACAUGGGGAGCCUCAAGUACCUUGCUAUUUCAUUUUCGGAGACUCGUUGGCGGAUGAUGGCAAUAAUAACUUGCUCCCAACACUGGCUAAAGCAAAUUACGAGCCAUAUGGCGUUGACUUUCCUGAAGGACCAACUGGAAGGUUCUGCAAUGGCAGGACCAUCGUUGAUAUCCUAGCUGAAAUGAUGGGCUUCGACGACUAUAUUCCGCCCUUUGCAACUGCUAAUGGCACAGAGAUACUCAAAGGUGUGAAUUAUGCAUCCGGCGGGGCAGGAAUUCUGAAUGAAACUGGGCAGACCUCGGGUGCUCGCAUCUGCAUGGACGAACAGUUGAACAAUCACCAAGUUACAGUCUCAAGCAUUGUCAGCAUGCUAGGAAGCAGUCAGUCAGCAACCGAGUACCUAAACAAGUGUUUCUAUUCGGUUGGAAUGGGAGAUAAUGAUUACAUUAACAACUAUUUCCAGCCCGACUAUUACCCGUCAAGCCUCCUGUAUACUCCCGAGCAAUUUGCUAAAGUUCUCAUUGAACAAUUUUCUCAGCAGAUAGAGACUUUGUACAAUUAUGGAGCGAGGAAGAUUGUAUUGUUUGGAGUAGGAAUGCUAGGCUGCACUCCGAAUGCAAUUUCUGUAUACGGCACAAAUGGCUCGACAUGUGUAGAGUUUAUGAACUACGAAUCCAGCUUCUUCAACGUUGAGCUUAAAUCUCUUGUCGAUGAUCUGAAUACUGAGAUGCCUGAUGCAACUUUUAUAUACGUGGAUGCGGUGAAGUUAGCCGAGGAUGUUAUCGCUGCGGCUUUCAACGUUACAACUGUUGGGUGCUGUGAAGUAGAGGAAUUAACUGGACUGUGCAUUCCUAACCAAACUCCAUGCCAGAAUAGGUCGGAAUAUGCGUUCUGGGACUCUUUCCAUCCUAGUGAAGCAGCUAACCUAAUUUCUGCAAUAGGAGCAUACAGUGUUAUCUUCCCAUCUGAGUUUUACACAAGAGAUAAAAGUCUCGUGGCUGAGCUUUAAUCACGGGUCUGUAUGAUUGGUCUUAAAUCUUUUGUGUUGGUAAUAUUUUAUGACCACAACAAUACAUAGGUGCUAGAACCAAGGUCGUCUCUGAUAAUUGUACUCCAAUCUGAGCACUAUCUAUGGAAAUAAAUAUCAUUGUAGCUAGAUGACUGGCCUAGACAUGAGUCUGUAGCUAGAUGAAUCUGAGCACUAUCUAUUGUAAUAAAUAAACAGUUCUUCUGCUUGCAA